CACACAAUACGCUCUUGGAUUUGCUGAUCAGCUGCUCAGUUGCUCAGUUCCUUCUCGACAUCCGAACCACGUAGCUGCUAGCCCACAUACUAAAACAAUCUACCUUGAACUCUUCAAAUUUUUUCGGUUUUCUAUGCGAAAGUUAAAACAAAUAAAUACCAAAGCUCAUUAUGUUCAACUUGGAUGUGAAUAAUAAUCGGAAUCAUUUAAAAACAAACGAAAGAUGUGCGAAAUUGUAUUGCAACAUAAAACCAACAUAACAGAACUUCCCAUAAAAAUAGAAUUUCCUGUAUGUGUAUAAAAUAUAAAUAAAUACCCAAAUAAAUAUCAGAGAUACGUACAUAUGUACAAUAGCCUCUUUCAUAACUAGUGAACGUUUUCAUAUGCAAAAACCAUGAAAUACAAAACGUACUAUGGUUUGAAGAAUGUAUGUCGGACUUUGGAUCAAAAUAAUAACAAUAGGAACUCAAUUACCAUUCUUAAAAGCACUUAUAUAAGAUUAAAUGCCAAUAUUAUAGAAUAUUCAGUCUGUGAAUGCAAUGAACUUAAAAAAAAACAUCGAAUGGUAUUUCAAACUUCAAAAAAAUAUCACCAGAUUCUUGUAAAACGAUGUUGGGCUGUCGUUAUACUUUUAGUUUUGGCGACAGCUCAUAUCGCCUAUGGCCAACAACAAGGUCUUCAAAUUCCUUCUAGCGAUGAUUCAAAUGCCAAUAAAAAUGUAUCUCUUACGACCCCUCCGAGCAACGGUGAUCAUGAUCAAGUUGAAACAAAAUACACAACUAUUUACCAAAAGAAAGUGCAACAAAAUAAGGUAUCUGUAUCCGUUCAAGGGGUUUCCAUUUAUCGCAACACCUUACUCAAUAUCGAGAGUAUGCUACAUCGUCAGUUGCGUGAGAAAGCGAAGCUUGACAACCUGGAAUCGAUCAAAAUGCAUAUACUCAUGAGAUUAAAUUUAAAGAAACUACCAAAUAUAACGAAACCCAUCUCAGUGCCGCAGAAUAUAUUAGAUAAUUUUUACAAGGAUUAUAACGUAUCAACGGCAAAAGCUAUGCGAAAAACGGAAGAAGAGUAUGUCGAAUUAUCUCCAACUUCAGUCGAAGCCAAUGGAAAGACAGAAGAGAUAUAUGAAGAAAAUUUCUCAUCACAAAUGCAAGGAGAUGAUGCCAAUACUGUAAAUAAAUUUCGAAGCUAUUUCGAUCAAAAUAAGGAUUAUUCAGUAAAUGAAAGGCAAGAAGAGGAAUACGAUAACAUUCUUUCACACAUCAGCAGCAUAUAUAUUUUUCCCGAACAAUUCCAGCCAAACUCACGAAACAAUCGAAAUCGAAACAAACCAAAGGCUGAUUUUCUGCGAUUUAAAAUUGACAAUAGCUACACUGACUUAUCAUAUGCUACGCUUCACCUAUAUCUACGUGGAUGGGAUUGGAUUAGCGCACAUCAGCCAGAACUUAUCGAAGAGAUCGAAAAGCAACAGAGCAAAGAUAUAGUUGUAACGAUACACCGGGCAGUUCGACGGUCAAACAACUCAAGUAUUACUCAUAAAGCCAAAAUAUUUGAAUUUCGACAGAGGAUUCCAUCGGGACUAGGUGAAUGGGUCAAUAUUGAUUUGUUAAAAUCAUUUUUUGGUGUUGAACCUGGAGCAAAUAAGACUCAGGAGAUUAUAAUCAAAGGUGCCGAGUUCUGGAUGAAGCCGUUAGUUGUGACCAUCGAUAACGCGGCGUCAAAGAAUCCAUUGACCGUGCAUAUAGAAAUUGGAUCCCAAAAGAAGCAUCGAAGAAAAAGAAGUGUUUUUAUGGAUUGCACAGAAAAUGAUCAUGAUCUGCGUUGCUGUCGGUAUCCUCUCAAAGUUAACUUUACCAGCUUCGGAUGGCAUUUUGUGGUAGCGCCAACUUCAUUCGACGCAUUUUUCUGCAGUGGUGAUUGUAAAGUUGGUUAUUUAGAACAAUAUCCGCACACGCAUUUAGCAGCAUUAACUACGUCUGCAACACCGUGUUGCUCGCCAACAAAGAUGAGUUCCUUAAGUUUAUUAUAUUUUGAUGACAAUCAUAAUCUAGUACUAAGUGUUAUACCAAAUAUGUCUGUCGAAGGUUGCAGCUGUUCCUAAAAGAUGGAACAUUGAAUUUUUUAGCAGAAAACUAGUAAUAAUAAUAAUACAUUGAACUAUAUAAAUAUAUUUAAUGUAAAUAAAAGAC